CACCCUAAUUCUCCAUCGUUGUUCCGGCACACGCAGCUUAUUGCUCCUACCGGCGAAUCCGAGGAGUAAGACCCGUCCAUAUUGAUUUUGAGGGCGUUUGCAGUCGGCCUUUUCCAGUUCUGAGAUCUGCCAGAGUACUGUGGCUAGGAGAUUGAAACUUGUUGAGGUAUGGGUGAAAUCUUGAAGCCAUUCAUCUAUUCGACGAAGGCCGUAGUGUGAGAUGUGGAUCUGUAAGGCUGGGUCUUGCCAAACUUCUCGGUGUCGUUGCUGCUUUCGUCCGGCGGUCUGGUUUGCUUUCUCUUCAAAAUUCUCGAGACCUUGUUGCCGGCUUGCCCAUCGCCCCCGCCCCUCACCAUUCACCGCCCUUACUGCCGGUUUAGCCAUCGUCGCGCCUCUACCUCGCUUGCCGGCUUAUUCUAACACCACAACAGCAGUCCCUGGCGGUUUCCGGUGACUCCAGGCGGCAUCUCGGCUCCACUUUAUGCCGUCACCGCUUGCUGUUUUGUUUCCUCUGCUACGUUUGAUUUCCUUUCGCAGGUUGCCCACAGCAGACUAGCAUGGAUCGAACCCACACCAUCGCCGCCAAGCAGAGUCCGACCAACAAGCCUUCACCGUUGCUUCUUUUGUUCUAGCGAACCUGCCUGCAAUUUGCUGCGUCCUUUGCUGUAUUGCCAUCGUUGCUGCUUUGGUCGUGACAUUCCUCCUCAGUCCUCACCGGUUGUCGUAAAGCUCCCCGUCCCGCUCCCGAUUCUUGGAAGCAAAUACUUCAAACUAAAAUUUUAGCGGACGCAGUUAAGAUGGAAAGAAAAAGGAGCUCUUCUUUGGAAACGGGAUCCACAAGCCAUGGCUCGUCUGGAACUGAGUACGAUGUGUUCUUGAGUUUUCGAGGACCGGAUACUCGCGCUAAUUUCACGGAUUCCCUCUAUCAUACCCUCUUGGAUAAGUGUAUCAAUGUUUUCAUAGACAAGCAAGGGAUUGACGUUGGUGAAGAGAUCAGUCCUGAGAUUUUCCAAGCCAUUGAUAACUCAAAAAUUGGCAUCCCCAUAUUCUCUAGAGAUUAUGCCUUUAGUAGCUGGUGCUUGCGCGAGCUAGAGCACAUGAUGCAGCGUUGGAAAACCAACGAACUGGAGGUGAUGCCCAUUUUCUAUGACGUGGAACCCUGUGACGUGAAGCUUGAAACCAGAGUGUAUGCGGAUGCACUAACUCUACAUAAAGAAAAACGUGGGGCUGAGAUUGUGCAGCGGCUGGGCGAAGCGCUCGGGGAAGUUACUGGAAUCAAGGGAUGGGACACCAAGAACAGAGGCCAUGGAGAACUUGCACGUUUGAUUGCUCAGAAAGUGUCAGUUAAGCUUAAGGUGUCUUGUGUUGAUAUAUCUGAUCAUUUAGUUGGAAUGGAUGAAUCAAUGAAUGAAGUAGUAAAUUUGCUGAAUGUUGAAUCUGAGGGUGUAAGGCUCAUUGGUAUUUGGGGAAUGGGUGGAAUAGGCAAGACAACUCUUGCCAAGGUCAUGUGCGAAAAGCUAUCUUCUAAUUUUGAUGGUUGCAGCUUCAUUCCAAAUGUCCGAGAAGCAUCACAAGGUUCUGGAGAAAAGGAGAGCUAUGCAACUUACAUGUGGGAUGAUUGUGGAUUUUUUCCGAAUGAGGGGAUUGAAGUUUUGCUUUUAAUGUCCUUAGUGAAAAUCAGAGGAAAAAAUCGACUAUGGAUGCAUGAUCAGCUUAAGGACUUAGGCAGGAGUAUUGUGCAGCAAGAAAAUUGCAAUGAUCCAAUAAAGGGUUCUCGAGUGUGGUGGAAUCAGCAAGGUGGUCCAGAUAUUGUCCAGCAAAAGAAGGGAACAGGAACUAUUGCAGUGUACUAUAAUAAAUCUGAGGUGCUUCUGCAAGACUCUGUUUUGACAUCAAAAGACUUUAUUGAAGUGCCAAAUAUUAGAUUUCUUGAAUUGUUUGAUUGGACCCUCUCUGGAGACUUUGGGGAUCUCUUUUCAGAAUUGAGAUGGCUUACUUGGUCGGGUUAUCCAAAAGAAAUGCAGGCAACCAACUUUUGCCCAAGAAAUCUAGUCAUCCUUCAACUACAUGGGAGCAGCCAAAUAGAUGAACAUUGGAGUGGUUGGACUCAACUCAAGGUGGCUACAAGAUUGAAGGUCCUUGAUUUGUCGGAUUGCAGAAUGUUGAAAGAAACUCCAAAGCUCUCGGCAUUUUUAUCCUUAGAAGAAUUAAUUCUAAAGGGGUGUGAAAUGCUUACGAAACUUUCCGACUCAAUCGGAAUGCUAAAAUAUUUAGUUAAGUUGGAUGUUUCAUGUACAAGCAUUGUAGAGUUACCAACUAGUAUUGUCAAUCUGAAGAGCUUAAAAUUGUUGAAGAUUGAUGGUAGUUGCAUGAAAAAGUUACCUGAUUGCAUUGGGAUGAUGGAGAAACUAGAGAAAAUUUAUGGAGUAGGUUGCCGACAGCUAGAAGUGAUUCCUAGUGAUAUUAUAGGACUACCAUCCUUGCAAAUUUUGAAAUUAACAGAUACUCGUGUGGAGAAUAUACUGAAGCUAACACAGAGUUUGGUAAGUCUGUCUAUCCUCACAUGUUUCAGAAAAAGAUUCGGAGAUCUCCAAUUUAGUGAGUUUAAAAAAUUUGAAAUUAUGUUUUCCCAUAACAUUGUAGAUGUUCUCGUUUAUGGGAGCAGUAUUGGUUAUAACCUGUUUUUAUUAUUUGAUGCUGAGGUAAUUUAAAAAUAGAUCCAUGUUCUUUUAUUAGUUGUUGAGGACAACAUUGAAAGAAAUGAAGGGUGACGAUGAGUGAUUUUAGCUUAAGUUUGGAAUGCAUGUACAUAGUAUUUAUAAAGUUACUUUCAUGAUAUACUUGCUUAGUCGAUAUAUUUGCUCAUGUUCUGCAAUACUAAUAUAAAUUAAACUCGUUGGAUAUAACAUAAUUAUUUGACAGGUGGUUAUAAGAUUGAAGGUCCUUAAUCUGUCGCUUUGCAGAAUAUUGAAAGAAACUGCUGAAAUUUUUGCAUUUGGAUCCUUAGAAAAAUUAAUUCUAAAUGGGUGUAAAAUGCUUACAAAACUUUCUGACUUGUUUGGAAAGCUGAAAUAUUUAGUUGAGUUGGAUGUCUCAUGCACAGGUAUUGUAGAGUUGCUAAAUAACAUUGUCAAUUUAAAGAACUUGAAAGUGUUAAGAUUAACGGUAGUUGCAUGCAAAAGUUACUUGAUGCCAUUGGGAUGAUAGAGAAACUUGAGGAAAUUUAUGGAGAGGGUUGCUGGCAGUUAGAAGCGAUUCCUAGUGAUAUUGUGAGACUAAGAUCCUUGCAAAUUUUGAAAUUAGCAGAAACUCGUGUGGUGAAUGUACCGAAUCUUCCACAUAGUUUGGUAAAGUCUAUAUCCAUCCUCACAUGUUUUACAAAAAGGUUUGGAGAUUUUGAAUUUCGUGAGUCUAAAAAAUCUGAAGAAUCUGAAAUUAUGUUUUUCCAUAACAUUCUAUAUGUUAUUGUUUAUGGAAGUAGUGUUGGUUAUAAUCUGACUUUUUAUUAUUCGAUACUAGGGUAAUUUAAAAAUAGAUCCAUGUUCUUUUAUCGGUUGUUGGGAACAACAUUGGAAGAAAUGAAGCGUGAUGAAGAGUGAUUUUGACUUAUAGGAAUGCAUGUAUAGAGUAUUUAUAAAGUUACUUUUGUUGAAUGCUUGCUUAAUCAAUAUAUUUGCUUAUGUCCUGCAAAACUAAUAUAAAUUAAACUCGUUGGAUAUAUUUAAUUAUUUGACAGGUGGCUACUAGAUUGAAGGUUCUUGAUCUGUCAGACUGCAGAAUGCUGAAAGAAAUUCCAGAGUUCUCUGCAUUUUUAUUCUUAGAAAAAUUAAUUCUAAAUGGGUGUUAACUGCUUA